UAGCGGACGGCUAGUGACUUACACGGGGCAUCCAGGGCGAGAGAGGAAGAGCCGGAGGCCACCACCACUGCACUUCCCAGGCGGCGUGGACCAGGUGCCCCGGCGUUUGCGGCUGUCGCAGGAGCCCCCGGUGGCGCCCCCUCCUCCGGCUCUCGCCGACUUCGGGGUUGGCGCAGGUGGGCGAGACAGGGCACCGCCGACCUCGCGGUUCCCACCGAGGGGAUUCGGUCUCUCUCUGCGAGGGGGAGGGAGCAUCCUAAAAAUAUGUAAAUAUCGAAGCGCUGACUCUGGCCUGGGACACCAGCCAAGGUCCCCGCGCCGCCGCAGGGUGUUUUACAUGAAAAAGAGAAGCCUGUCAGGAUCCGUGCUCUAACUUAAGGCAGCGCGGUGAUUAGCAUGAGCCUGGCCGGCUGCCCUGCUUCCUGCCCUUCAGUAGCCGUUCUGCGCGCUCGCGACCGAGCAGCGGUGCCACCGUGCGGGUGUGGAUCGGCAGGCACUGCCUCGUUGGCAGCCAUGGCUCCGCGCGCGCGCGCGCGCGCGCGCUAGGAGCAUGCAUGUGUAGGGGGGCACAUGCGUGUCGGCGCGCGCGCGCGCGCGCGCGCACACACAUACACACGCGCGCACACACACACGCACGCACGCACACCACCCUGAGCCUCGGAAGGAGGAAGAUUGACGAGGCGCUGCAGUUGCGAGGACGACUCGGGCUCUUCCUGGAUUCCGCAGGAGCCCGCCUGCCGCAGCUGCUGUCUGCAGAGCCUGCUCGGACCCCUGUGCACACGCGCCCCCCAUUCGAGCCUCUGUAAUGAAGACUGCCUCCCGAGGACUGCCGGAGAGGCAGAGCCAGCCUGCGCCCGCGACUGCGGGCCGCGCGGUCGAAAGGCCCUGGGGGACACGACUUGGACACUGUCAACCCCACGCCUCUCUCUGAGCCGCCGGGUGCGGAGGGUCUUCCGCCGCCCCUCCGGCUUCCCGGGCGCCCGAUCCCGGGUCAGCCCCGGAGGCCUCGGCUUCCUCGUUUGUUUGGAUCUUUUGUGCCGUGGCUCACAGUUGGCUAAGCACUCCUGCGCUGAAUCGGGCCAUUGUGUGCGCUCCCAUUGCUUUCACGCUGCAAGUCUCGGCGCCCCCACCCCGCCCGCCCCCUCCCCGCCUCCUCCUGGCCGGGGAGCCUGCUAACGUGCCUUUCCCCCCAGGAAUCUGGAAGCUAUAAGACGGGCGGAUUGCAAAUGAAGUGUAAUGCAUUGUGGGACGUGUGUAAAAUCGGAGCCUUCACCGUGGGGGUGUGUGGGGGCGUGGGGAGGGCCGGACCCGCCGCUGGCGGUGUAGACGCCGACGAGGAGGGGCUGGGAAAAUGUGCGCAGAGUCCGCCCGGGUCGUGCCCGCCGUAGACGGAUGAAGCAGCGCGCUGCGCCCCGGCGCUGAGGCCCCCAGGAUCGGGGUGGCAGGUCGCGCUCCCCACCAUGAAGAAGACCCGGAGCACAACCUUGCGGCGAGCCUGGCCUAGCUCGGAUUUCUCGGACCGGGCCUCGGACCGCAUGAGGUCCCGGAGCGAGAAGGACUACCGCCUGCACAAGCGCUUCCCCGCGGCCUUCGCGCCCCAGGCUUCGCGGGGCUACAUGACAUCAGGUGAUGUGUCACCAAUCAGCAUGUCUCCCAUCAGUCAAUCUCAGUUUAUCCCACUUGGGGAAAUCCUUUGCUUGGCCAUCUCGGCAAUGAACUCCGCCAGAAAACCUGUCACCCAAGAGGCGCUGAUGGAGCACCUGACCACGUGCUUCCCAGGUGUUCCCACCCCGAGCCAAGAAAUCCUACGGCACACACUGAACACGUUGGUACGGGAGAGGAAGAUCUACCCAACUCCGGAUGGCUAUUUCAUCGUGACCCCACAGACUUACUUCAUUACUCCUUCUCUCAUAAGAACUAACAGUAAAUGGUACCAUUUGGACGAGAGGAUACCUGACAGGUCUCAGUGUACCUCUCCACAACCCGGAACCAUAACGCCCUCUGCCUCAGGCUGCGUCAGGGAAAGAACAUUGCCCAGAAACCACUGCGACUCUUGCCACUGCUGCAGAGAAGACAUGCACAGCAUGCAUGCUUCCACUCUGCAGAGGAAACCUGCCAAGGACUGCAAAGACCCCUAUUGCCCUCCUUCACUAUGCCAGGUGCCACCCACUGAAAAGAGCAAAAGUACUGUAAACUUUUCUUAUAAGACAGAAACUCUCUCAAAACCUAAAGAUAGUGAAAAGCAGUCCAAAAAAUUUGGGCUAAAGUUAUUCCGGCUAAGUUUUAAAAAAGAUAAGACCAAACAGCUAGCCAAUUUCUCUGCCCAGUUUCCUCCUGAGGAGUGGCCCUUGCGAGAUGAAGACACACCAACUACUAUCCCUAGGGAAGUGGAAAUGGAAAUCAUUAGGCGGAUUAACCCGGACUUGACCGUGGAAAAUGUCAUGAGGCACACUGCACUAAUGAAGAAACUUGAAGAAGAAAAAGCGCAUCGGAGUAAAGCGGGGUCUUCUGCUCAUCACAGUGGAAGAAGUAAAAAGAGUAGGACUCAUCGAAAGUCCCACGGAAAAUCUCGGUCACACAGCAAGACACGAGUGUCUAAAGGAGAUCCUUCGGAUGGUUCUCAUCUGGAUAUCCCAGGUGACAGAGAGUAUGACUUUGGUGAUCCCCUUACCAGGGCACCCAGGGAAGGCUGCUUCAUCAUUGAACACAAAGGAGAUAACUUCAUCAUGCAUAGCAACACAAAUGUGAUUGAGUCUCAUUUCCCCAUGACACCAGAAUGGGAUGUGUCUGGGGAAUUGGCCAAAAGGAGGACUGAGAUGCCUUUUCCUGAGCCUUCCAGGGGAAGCUCCCACUCAAAAGUGCACCGAAGCCACAGCCAUACCCAGGACCGAAGGUCCAGGAAUGAGAGAUCCAGCAAAGCCAAGGAGAGAUCCAGAUCCAUGGAUAACUCGAAGGGCCCUCUGGGUGCUUCUUCUCUGGGGACGCCUGAAGACCUGGCUGAAGGCUGUAGCCAAGAUGACCAAACCCCCAGCCAGUCCUACAUUGACGACAGUACUUUAAGGCCUGCGCAAACAAUUGGCCAUCAAAGGGCUCAUGUUUCGUCCACAAGCUAUAAAGAGGUGUGUAUUCCAGAAAUAGUCGGUGGCAGCAAGGAGCCUUCCAGCGCAUGUAGCCUUUUGGAGCCAGGCAGACCACCUGAGAGUUUGCCAUCCUAUGGGGAGCUCAACUCCUGUCCAACAAAAACAGCUACAGAUGACUAUUUCCAGUGCAACACGUCCAGUGAGACAGUCCUCACGGCGCCAUCGCCUCUGGGAAAGAACAAAGAAGAUCAUGACACUCUGACUCUGGCGGAAGGGGUGAAAAAACUGCCGCUGUCUGAUAGGCAGGCCCCACAUUCUUCCAGAGAGCCUGUAGGGCACAAGGAGGAGUCACCAAAAGGGCCAGGCGGAGGCCCAGCCGCUUCCGGCGCAGUGGCCGAAGGGAUUGCCAAUGGACGCCUUGUCCAGCACCAUAGUGCUGAGCCCAGCAGCCUGGACAAGAGGAAAGAGAUAUUCAGCAAGGACACACUGUUCAAACCUCUCCACAGCACCUUGUCUGUAAACAGCUAUCACAAAUCGAGCCUGUCCCUCCUCAAAUCUCUCCCGAAGACACCUGCCGACACACUGCCGGGCCGAUGUGAGAAACUGGAGCCGCCCCUGGGGACCUCGGUGGCACCAGCCGUGCCUGGUUCCCAGCGUCAGCAGGAGUCAGGGGGGAACCAGGAAGCCGCUUUUGACUAUUACAAUGUGUCCGAUGACGACGACUCCGAGGAAGGGGCAAACAAAAACACGGAGGAGGAAAAAAACAGAGAUGAUGUAGGCACCAUGCAGUGGCUCCUUGAGAGGGAGAAGGAAAGAGACUUACAGAGGAAAUUCGAGAAGAACCUCACCCUCCUUGCCCCAAAAGAAACCGACAGUAGCAGCAACCAGAGAGCCACCCAUUCAGCACGCCUCGACAGCAUGGACAGUAGCAGCAUCACUGUGGACAGUGGAUUCAACUCCCCACGCACUCGGGAGAGCCUGGCUUCCAACACGUCAAGCAUUGUUGAAAGUAACCGUCGUCAGAACGCUACCUUGAGCCCGGUCCACGGUGGAGCUGGCCCGGCCUUCAACUUCCGAGCAAGUACGGACCCCGCAACCAACGAAGCUGAGAAACUACAGAAACCUUCCAACUGCUUGCAAGCUUCUGUUACUAGUGUGUGACAGUCGUUCUGCCUCAGAUCUCCUGUCUCAUUUGAUACAGCCAAGUUUACGACACUGGGACUGAUGUUUACAUCUUGGGAAAGACAAGCAUCUCGACCACAGUUUUUGUGUUUACUUAAACUGUGCUGCUAAGUAGGCUAGGGCAAAAAACAAAAAUCUUUAUUUCAGAGUAUUGCUUUUCACAUUUAUGGCUCUGUAGCAACCGAAUAGCAGUAGGGGUGAUAUGUAUACUUUUGCUUCACUACUUGUAACUGAGCACACAUAGGAAAGUCUAGACACUGUAAGUGUGAUAUGCAUUCCAAUGUCAUGAAGUUGCCAAUUCCAUUUUUAAAUGCCACAGAUACGUGUUGCUCCCAGUCUGUGGUCAGAGGGUGCCACAGAACUGAUCCUUGACACUUCCCCCCCCAAAAA